CACGUCAACGAGCCAGCACAUUUCUUUAAAUUUUUGAAUGUGUUCGUUUUACUUUUAUUAUUGUCCCGAGUUUUUAACAAUUUUUCCCAUCAAACUUAGUUACAACGUUUACGCAAUCAACGGCACACAGUAAGAUAACCCGAGAUCGAGCCCGAGCCCCUUGACCAAAAAUGGAGCAGUGGAACAAUGUGGAGCUGACGAAUAUGUCCAAAAAGUCAUAUACCCUGAAUCAUGACUACGAUGCUGCCGCAAAGUUGAACAAGGAGAAUACGCAGCCAUCCUCGAAUGGUAAUGGGACGAGUUCGGAGAAGCAGCCACCAGCAGAGGCAGCGCCAAACAGCAGCAGUGAUCUUCUCCAGCCAGGAUCUGACGUGAAGCCGAAAGUGGAGCCCGACGAUGUGGAGAGUUUGCUGCGACGCCUCUACGGGAUUACGAUAAGCGAGGUCAAGGAAAUCAUCGCCUACGACGAUCGCAACUUCUUUGUCAAGGAGGAUAGCAACGUCAAGAACCCUCUAAUUGUCACCCAUUGUCCAAAUGGCUACGUUCUGAAAAUUCUCAACUCGCUAGACUCCAAGAAAGAGGACUUUGUGGAUGCUCAGAAUCAGUUGCUGCUAAGUUUGGCAAAACAGAGUGUCAAGUGUCCCCGACCGAUAGCCAAUGCCAGCGGCAAGUACUAUUCGGUGGAGCGUCUCAAUGGCAACUCGAAUGUGGUGCGACUCCUGGAAUUCAUUCCGGGAGAGAUCUUCCACCAGGCGCCCGUUACAAAGCAUUUGCUAUACCGCAGUGGCGAGUACUUGGCCAGAUUGGAUCGGUCCCUGAAGAACUUCACCCACCAGGCCUACGAAACACACAAAACAAUGUGGAUGCUUCAGAGUGUGCCGGACUUGAGGCAGUUCCUGUAUGCGGUGAAGGACGAGGAGCGCCGCCUGAUCUGCGAGGAGGUAAUCGAUGCCUUCGAGGGUAAAGUUCUGAGUGUGCUGCCCACUCUGGAGCACCAGAUCAUCCACGGCGACUUCAACGAACAGAACAUAGUGGUGGAGCAGAGCGGCGGCGACUACACCAUCAAGGGAGUGAUUGAUUUCGGGGACACAAGCAAAUCUCCGCUGCUCUUCGAGGUGGGCAUCGCCCUCACCUACAUGAUCCUCCAGGCCAAGGAUCUGGCCAGCGGCGGAGUCUUCUUGGCCGGCUAUACCAGUGGCAUUCCUCUAGGAAACACCGAGCUGGGCCUCCUCAAAUACUGUGUCGCCGCCCGACUGGUCCAGAGCUUGGUCAUGGGCCUCUACACGCACACACUGCAUCCGAAUAACGACUACCUGCUGGUUACCCAGGAGCAGGGUUGGACGCUGCUUCAGAAGCUGUGGCGCGAGAGCCUGGAGAAUGUGGAUGAGCUGUGGGCGACCACUGGUCACCAGUACUUGACGCAGAGUAAUAAAUAAAAUCAAAUAUUAGGGUCUGUUUCGAUUUUCUGGUAAAACAAGCAAUCAAAUUAUAAUGUGAUUAUUCAUUAGGAAAGUAAUAAGUAUUAUAAAAUGUCUGUUUUUUAAGGAUGUAAAAGUCUUGUAUGUGUCUGUGCAGCUAAAAAUUCGAUACGUAAUUAAAAAUGUAGAAAUCUGUAAUAGAAAAUCGAAGGAGGCCCGUUUGGGAAUCGAUUCUAGAACCAAUUGUCAAUUAUAAAUAGAAUUUCCACAUAUCUCCUGUUUAGGGAAUGCAGCUUGAUAUUUCGAUACUGUAUUGAAAUUUAAUGAGACACUAUAACGGUGCGAUAGAUAUUGUUUUUUUUAUAUAUCGGACUAAUAAAAUCUAUAAAGAAAGACAAAUUAAAUAAGAUUUGUAGGAUAUUUUUUCGAAAUCGAUAUUUUUGGUCGAUAAAAAGACAAAUAAAUUAAAUUAAAUUUUUUCGAAAUCAAUUUUUUAACUUUAAACCAGAUAUUUAGGUCAGAUAUAUCAUCAUAUUUUUCCCUAUUCCUGUACAGAAAAUAACAAAAAAAAAUGUUACAAAUCCAAAUACUGAUUGCAUUUGUUUUAAAUAUUACUUUAUCCAAUAUAUUAUUAUUAUCUUUA